AUGACUGCUGCUGCCGCUUACAAUCAUCAAGUGGAUGGUACCGAGGCGCAAAACAAGGCAAUCAACGGUCUUGCCCAAGAGUUUGACGUGACGACCGAACGUUUGCGAACAAUCACCAACCAAUUUGUGGAAGAGAUGCGUAAAGGAUUGGAUCACGAGGGUGCAACAGUGGCCAUGAUUCCAAGCUAUGUCACCGGUCGUCCAACCGGCGAAGAAGUGGGACGCUACUUGGCGCUCGAUCUCGGUGGCACGAACCUGCGCGUGUGUGAAUUCGAGCUCAAGGGCAAAGGCGACUACAGUGUUAAGCAGCAAAAGUUUGUCGUGUCAGACGCGCUCAAGACGGGCGACAUGCGGGACCUCUGCGACUACAUUGCCGACAGUGUGGACACGUUCCUGACCGAGCACUGCACGUUGCCUGGCGAGGGCGAAGAGAAGCUCCAACUUGGCUACACGUUCUCGUUCCCUGUCCUUCAGACCGAGAUCAACCGAGGUGUGCUCAAGCAGUGGACCAAGGGCUUUUCGACAAAGAAUGCCGUGGGCAAAGAUGUGGCGCUGACCUUGCAAGAGGCAAUCUCAAGACGGAACUUGCCCGUCAAUGUUGCAGCUAUUGUGAAUGAUACGGUCGGUACCUUGAUGGCCUAUGCCUACAGCUUCCCUGAUACGGUCAUGGGAGUCAUUCUAGGCACAGGCACCAACGCCAGUUACUAUGAAAAGACUGCCAACAUCAAGAAAUGGUCCCCCGCCGAGAACGACGUUUCCGCUGGCUCGGAUGAAAUGGUCGUCAACAUGGAAUGGGGAGCGUUUGACUGUGAGCGCGAGGUGCUGCCACUGACCAUGUACGACAACAAGGUCAACCGACAAUCACGCAACAUCCACCAACAGCUGUUUGAAAAGAUGAUUUCGGGCAUGUACCUGGGCGAGAUUGCACGCAACGCGAUGCUGCAGCUGAUUGACCAGUACCUGCUGUUCAACGGCGAGUCCUCACCGGCGCUCAACACACAAUGGGGCUUUGAGACAGCCUACCUGACUGCGAUCGAGAACGACAAGACAGCGGAUCUGUCAGAGACGAAGCAAAUCUUGGAGGAGACGGUGGGUGUCGCGUCGUCGACCACGCUGGCCGAUCGACAGAUGGUCAAGAAGAUAGGCGAGUUUGUGGGUCGUCGUGCUGCACGCCUGGCUGCGUCUGGCAUCGGCGGUGUCAUGUCGCACUGUGGCAAGGUCGGUCAGGAAAGUAUCAUUGCCAUUGAUGGCUCGCUGUUUGAAUUCUAUCCCAAAUUCGAACAUCACAUUCGCGAAGGGUUGACCGAAUUGUUUGGACAAGAGGCUGCCAACAAGGUGCGGUUCGCUCUGGCGCGCGAUGGAUCUGGAUUGGGUGCUGCCAUCAUUGCCAUGAUGGCUCAUAAGCAUGGAAAGCAUUGA